GCCACGUGCCCGCUUCGAGUUGCAGUCUUCUACCACCGUCUUCUAUAACUCGACUCCCCAGUUCUACUCAAAAUGUCCGGUCGUCAGCAGAGGGUGAUGGUUCAGCCCAUCAAUGUUAUUUUCAAAAACCUUCAACAAAGAGCAAAAGUUGUGAUAUGGCUGUACGACAACAUCGAAAUGAGGAUUGAAGGUCGAAUCAUCGGCUUCGAUGAAUUCAUGAACAUCGUCGUAGAUGAGGCUGCUGAAGUGUUUGUGAAGGAAGCAAAACCGCGGCGAGAACUAGGUCGUAUUCUACUGAAGGGCGACAAUAUCACGCUGAUACAACAAGUCGUGUAGAGCGUAAAGAAUUCCAGCCGUUCGCUUGAUUACUUCACCAUCUCAAUUCUGAUAACGAUAAUUCAAAUGGUGCAUACUCCGCCCACAGGCAACUGAACAAAA